AUGCGGAUUUUGGCUGUUGAUCAGGGCACCACGAGCACCCGCGGCAUCCUCUUCGACCAGGAUGGCCGGUCUCAAACCGUCUUCAGCCGUGAGCACCGCCAGUCCUAUCCGCAGCGCGGCUGGGUCGAACAUGACCCCGGCGAACUGCUGGACAAUGUGCGGGCCUGUUUUGAGGCCGCCGCGGCUGCCGGCGGCGUCACCGCGGCCGGCAUCGCCAAUCAGGGCGAGAGCUGUCUUGCCUGGGAUGCCGACGAUGGCACUCCGGUCGGUCCGGUCAUCGUAUGGCAGGACAGCCGCACCGCCGGCGACAUCGCACGGCUGAAGGCCGAUGGCGCCGAAGCGAUGACGCUUGCGCGCGCCGGCCUGCCGCUCGAUCCGUACUUCUCGGCCUCCAAGCUUGGCUGGAUCGUGCGCAACAACGCGCAUGCCCAGGAAUUGGCCGCGUCAGGCCGGCUGCGCCUCGGAACGACCGAUGCGUUUUUCCGCGACCGGCUGACCGGCCGCUUCGAGACCGAUGUCGCAACCGCAUCGCGCACAUCGCUGCUCAAUCUCGACACGUGCCAAUGGGAUGACGAACUGUGCGCGCUGUUUGGCGUGCCGAUCGAUCUGCUGCCGAAGAUCACUCCGACAUCGGGGGCUCUGGGAACCGUCGUUUCGGGGAGCGUCGGCACGUCGCUGACCGCCAGCAUCGUCAACCAACAGGCCGCGCUCUACGGCCAUCGGUGCCGGCAGCCCGGCGACGUCAAGAUCACGUUCGGCACCGGCGCCUUCGCGCUGACGGUCGCGUCCGCCGAGCGGCCGCCGUCACAGGGCGGUCUCCUGCCGACCAUCGCAUGGCAGAAGGCCGGCGCCCCGCCCGUUUACGCAUUGGAUGGCGGCGUCUACACCGUGUCCGCGGCGAUCAACUGGGCGCGCUCGGUCGGUCUGUUCGAGGAUUUCGACGAGAUAGCCGCCUUCUCCGGUCCGACCGCCGCCGAACGGGGACUGUACUUCGUUCCAGCAUUGGCCGGUCUCGCCUGCCCGCAUUGGGAUCGCGAUGCGCGCGGAAGCUGGCUGGGCCUGUCGCUCGACACGACGCGGCAGGACAUGGUGCGGGCCGUGCUCGAAGGCAUCGCUUUUCGCAUGGCCGAAGUGAUCGAUGCGAUGAACGCGCUCCAGCCGAUCUCGGCGCCCAUCACCAUCGAUGGCGGCAUGAGCGCCAACGCCCAUUUCGCCCAGUUCCUGACGGACACGCUGGCAAGAGGAGUGCGGGUGUCGGACGAGCCGGAACUGUCCGCGCUGGGUGUGGCGAUGCAGGCCGCCGAAGCGGCGGGGACCGCAAUCGAUCGACCACCGCAAGGCAGAACGCUCACCCCUGCUCCGCAGUCGGCGAUGCUCCGUGAGGGUUUUGCAUCGGCACGGCAGGCGGUGCAGACGUUCGGCGCAGCCCUGACCGCGCAAACCGCCGCGUCAUGA